AUGCCAGCUUCUCCAGGAGAGCCGACAGACGGCGGUGCUAAUGCAAGGGGGGCACUUGGACCAGUAGGAGUCGCCGCGACACUGGAACAUGACAAAGACGUUAUUGGGAUCCUCACCUUCUUCGGUGUAGCGGAAACCGUCACGAAAAUUUCCAAUCGAGGUGAUGGUACUGAGGACUUAGUUGAGAUUUUUCUCGAACGCGCUCCCCUGCUUAUAUUUUCCUUGAGUGUUGCUGCAUUUGUGGUGCAGAUACGCAUUGAUGAAUCGUUAAGGAGUUGGAAUCUUUAUAUAGGGGAGACUCGAGGGAUUGCUAUUGCUCUAAAGUGAAGUUCAUCUUUUUGAUAAAAAAAAUUGGUAAUAUUACAAUUACUGGAAGUUGUCAGUUUGAGGUCACACACAACAAAAUUCGAUUGAUCAUCUCAUUUUCUAAAAAAAAAAGUUUAUAAGACAGGAGAGAGGAGUUGAGCGUUUAGACUAGUAUUUUGCGGCGAAGGGACAGGAGGCGAUGAAAAAGUCAAAGUUCGAAGGUUUGUCUGAUUUAAAUCACACAAUAAGUUCUGUCUCGACCUGAAAUGAAGGCAGUGUGUGAGU